UGAGGAGGCUCUUAUUUUGAAACACAACCUUGACUUGCGCGUGCAGCUGCUCGGUGCUCAGCGCGGACUCGGAGCCCGGCCGGCCGAGCAGAGAGAAGCCGAGGAGGAGAGGUCAUAAUCUCCAGCCCUUCCAGAGCAGAAUGAUGAUGGAAACAGAAUAGCGAUGGAGAUUUGCCAAGUCAUGGAUAGACUGCCACAAUGACACAUGAGACACUCGCUAGCUCCCAGCUCUCCGUCAAGGUGGCUGCACUGCGAAUGGUCGACCUGCCUCUCUCCGUCUACAACUCCCUGACACAGGUGAGUGUCAGCACAGGCACCAAGAAGCUGGUGGCCGCCACAGCCUUCGGCGCUGUCUCCCUCCUCUACCUGGCACGCCGCUUCCAAAGGAGGAAGGGCAGGAAGAAGGGCCGCUCACCCCAGUGGGAGCCAGCCGGCUUUGAGUUUCUCCCUCCAGUCUCCCGAGAGAAAAACAACACCAGUCAACAGAACGGCAGUGUCUCCCUCAACUCCAAGAAUGGCUUCUCCUGCAGUCCGGUUCUCAGUUCAGCAGCCUACAGAAAACUGUCGGGGUCGCUGCAGAGCCUGGCUUCGGUUAAAAGCAUGAACUCGUCCAGUAGUAGCACCUGUGAGAAUGAUUCCACGUGCUGGGACAGACCGGGGGAUGAUGACAUCUGCAAUGUGGUCAGCAUACCUGUCACCACACCGGAAAACCUGUACCUCAUGGGUAUGGAGCUGUUUGAGGAGGCUCUGAGGCGUUGGGAGCAGGCACUGACAUUCAGGAACAGGCAGACUGAGGAUGAUGACAACUGUGCCUCCAUCAAAACAGGAGCUGGAGACGCCAUCGCUGAGGAGAGCAUGGAGGAUGUCCUCAGCGCCGAGUUCAUCCACAAGCUGGAGUCUCUGCUGCAGAGGGCCUACCGCCUCCAGGAGGAGUUUGAGGGCGCGCUGGGUAUCUCAGAGCCGUCAACCCACAGCAACAGCCAGGAUAAAAUGGCAGACGUUUUGUCCAGAGAGGAUCUGGAUGACCCCUGUUUGAGGGACAGUAUGAGCAUCGCCUCCACUGACUCCUUUGUGUCUGCUGCUGAGCUGUCAGAGCACAGGGAGCUGAGGAGUGCCUUCGCUCUGGGUCACCACCCCUUCUACGACGAGGCUCUGCAGAUGGCUGAAGAUGGCAAGAUCUCCUGCAGGGUGCUACGAACUGAGAUGCUGGAGUGUCUUGGGGACGUCGACUUCCUGGCCAAGUUGCACUGUGUGCGGCAGGCAUGUCAGCUCAUCUUGUGUGAGAGGGCAACCAGGACGUUUCUGGCCGACACAGGAAAGAAAAUACUGUCUUCCAUAAUUGUUAAAGCACGAAAGAGCCCAAAGAGAUUUGAGGAAGUAUUUGAAGAAAUGAUUUCCUUCCUGGAGCACACAGAGCACUGGGAGAACACAGAGGUGGAGCUGGCAACACGAGGGGUCAAGCACUUGAACUUCUAUGACAUAGUGCUGGACUUCAUCCUGAUGGACUCGUUUGAGGACCUGGAGAACCCGCCGGUCUCCAUCCAGAAUGUGGUCAACAACCGCUGGCUCAACAGCUCCUUCAAGGAGACGGCGGUGGCGUCUAGUUGCUGGACAGUGUUGAAGCAGAAGAGACAGCACAUGAAGGUGCCUGAUGGGUUCAUUGCACAUUUCUACGCGGUGUGUGAACACAUCAGCCCCGUCCUGGCCUGGGGCUUCCUGGGACCCAAGAGCUCCCUGCACGACUUCUGCUGCUUCUUCAAGGACCAGGUGCUGUUCUUCCUGAAGGACAUCUUUGACCUGGACAAGGUGCGUUACUGCUCGGUGGAGACUCUGGCAGAGGACAUGCUGCACCUGCUGCACCGGCGCUCUGAGCUGCUGCUGGCCUACCUGGGCGUCGACUCCCUGCGCCACCUGAACGGCUGCGUCUCUCCACAGGUACAGCUGGUGCCCAGCACUCUGCUGGAGACCGUGCAGUGACAGACUGUAGUGAAUGCCUAAAACAGACCUGGGGCAAAUACUGUCUGUUUCAAAAGUUUCCUCAGCAGUUCUUUUUGGGUGCAUUCACACCAAGCAAGUUUGGUGUGUUUUAUUGGAAACAGAAACAUUUAGUCCUUUAGUUCAGUUUAUCUGGAUAUUUGGUUCCGCUCAGUUGGCCCAAGAAUGUGGCUCUUUCCCCUCUUCCAUGUUAAAUUAAAGGCUGAGAAGGUAAUCUGAACUAAAUACAGGAAACAACCCCAAAACACAAGAUAGCGGUCAACUCCCUUGGAAAGCCUCUCAUAAAAGAAUGGAAUGAGGACAGAUCUCAGUCUGGACUGAUGCUUAUGUUAAACUAUCUCUGCAGACAGGUCCACUGCAAGGCCUGGAGUCAGAUUUAUUUUUCUGGAAAUUCAGACCAAAGAAACCUAAAUGUAGGUAUGAUAGCACCCUCAGGCUGUAUGAUGCACCACAUGGAUGGGGUCCCACAGCACGGCAAUACAGUCAGUGCCAGAUAAUUAAAGAAGCCAUUAACAAAUCUUUGUGUGACUGUCAGCUUACCUGACAGGUCUCCAUGCUCCACCCAUCUGGCACACAGAACAGGUUAAACCAAAUGCUAACCCAAGAACACAACUCAAGAGUAUUUGCCCGAGGUCUCGACUCCAUCAGCCACAGCAGGACGUCAUCCUCCAGCGCUCCCCAUCAUGACUGCUGCUCUCGCUGAUCUGUACUGGAGGAGCCCCUCAUCUGCCUUUAACACCGUAACACCAUUAUCCACCGUGCAGCCACUUGCUCUCCUAACCCAUUUUCACUGUGCCAUGGCAAUGCACAUUGUUCGUUUUUCUGAAUAUAAAGUAUCUAAGCGAUAAUUAACUUUGCUGUGAGACUGACCUUGUUUUUCUUGGAGUAUUAUCAUGCUUUGUAAAUGGGCAGUUUCAGUGCUGCUGAGAAAUGUAUGUGUGGGGAAAAUUGUCUUAUCAUAGUAUUUAUUUUACUGUACUGUAAAACUAUGUGAGAUAUCUAUUUUUAGAAGUUGUAGUUGUGCCUCUAUGUAACAAUGAAUUUGUGAAUUGCUUCAAAUGUAGUCUGAAUUGUGGACUAUCUAGCCAGUGCUGUACAAGAAAAUGUGAACCAGAGACGAAUUAAAAAGAAAUUUAUCCAGGUCCGACAGAACAAAUGCAAAGCAGAAUCACAGACUGUGAUGUGCAAUCCUGAUGCAAGUGUAUUUUGCUGAGGAAUCCUAUAACAUAAAGGCAAUCAGUUUGAAUUAUGCUGACAUCAAGUCAGGUAUUGCUCUAGUAUUAAGAGUAGUUACUAUGAGAUGUUUUGGGAUAGUUACAAACAUCCUGUGUGAUGAUGAGUUAUCAAACCCACUUUUCAGGACAUGAGUCUUGGCGUAGUUUUGCUUUUGAGAAAUUGGCACCUCCAGUUUAUGUGCUAGUUCAAGUAAACUGCAUAUGAAACAGUUUCUUGAAAAACUGUUUGACCAAAUAUGAUUGCCGGCUAAAAGUCCACCUGCAUCAACUGCAGUACUGGAGGCUGGAUUAAAUUAAGAUUGGCUUUAGUGACCUUUUGACUGAUAGCAACUAUAGAUAUCCAAUUUCAGACACAUAGCUAACAUUUCUUGUGAAUUUUGCCUCUGCACCAGAGCACAUCACAGAACCGCCGUGCAAUAAUCCUGCAAGUCAUACACAUGCAGCCACAAGGCCCGAUCCAUGUCAACAUGAGUAUAAAUCACUGUACAAAUACACUAUAUAUAUUCCUAUAGCUCUGCAUAACACCAUCUUCAGAUUUUGUCCAUCAUGAAAAUGUACUAUAAAGCCUUAUCAAUGCACAUUCUUAAGCCUUGUUUUCCAUGAAUGUCAGUGUAAAUCAUGUGCAAAAUGUCAGUUUCACUUGAGGGGUUUAAAAAUGUCUGUUAAUUUCGUUACUGCCCUUCUAGAUGCACCAUGUGAAAGCUCUGAGCAAUAAAAUGGCUUUUCAGGAGAUGAUGCAGGACUCAUGAAUUGUUACUUUAAUGUAUUUUUAAAAUGCCCAGUCCCAUCGCAGUGGGCUGGGGACAGGCAUCGGUUUGAGAUCCAUCAAGUGUUCUACCGCUUUGUCACCCAAGGACUUCACCAUUACCAUAAACAUUUUUUACUGUAUGGUGUCAUUUGUGACAUACUACUUAAAAAGAUGGAUUUAAGUUAUUCUGUCCAUAUGGAAGAAAAAUGAUUUUGCAUUGAGUUCAUUUUGUGAAGUUGUGCACAAAUUAAGCAAAUAAAGUUUGUCAUGUGCAAUGCU